CACAAACCAGUGAAUAGAGUGGAUGUGGUGUUCAAUGCGUUCAACAACACACUGACUGUCUGUAUGUCAGACACAAAAUGUCGACAAAAACACUGAAUCAAGAGAUCGAGAAUAUCGACUCGGAUUUGUCAGAGCUCUCCAAACUGGAGCUCUUGUGCGAGAGGGACACCGUUCGCACCCAAUUGGCCACUGAAGUCAAUCGACUCACACUCCGGAGGAAUAAGUUGGUAAAGCAGUUGACGGACUCGUCGGAUGUCGGCUCGCAGGACAGGCCGUCCACCGAUGACGAGGACAAGGAUGACCUCAGCGGCGAUCUCUCGUCAGGGAUCAGCAAAUUAAUGGAUGGCAACUCUGAACAGUCGGACGACGAGCUCAAAGACAAGUCGCUGCUGUUGUCGCCGAACGUCUCGCUGUCGCCGUCGAGUGUCAAAGAGGAGGGCUAUGGCAGCGAAGAGAAGUCAGAGCACACGCCCUCCUCCACCACCUCUCACCAGACGUUCUCCCGGUUCUCGAGGGGCUCCGGGAGGCUGUCGAUGGCCGGCAAUCAGCUGGACGUGUGGGUGGAGGCGGCCGACCGUCAGCUGACGCGCAGUAUUAACCGCAAGGAGAAGAGCGCCGCCGCCAAAGAGGUGUACAAACACUACAACUCGUUGCCGAAGCACAUGAACUACGGCUCCUCCGGUGGCAAAGCGGGCCACCGCUUGCCGCUGUCCUCAUCCGUGUCCAGCGAUGACGCCCUCCGACACCGAGACGACGACCGCCACAACAAUAACCACCACAACAACGGCGACGACACCAAGACGUCUGUGAUAGUAGUGUUGGCCAAAGAGUCGGGUCCUCUCGGCAUUCACGUGGUGUCCGAGAAUGGGGACGAAGUGGGCUAUUGUAACGGACUGCUCGUGCAGGGCAUCGAACCGGGCGGUCGUAUCGAUCGGGACGGGCGGCUACACGUGGGCGACGCCAUCGUCGAGAUCAACGGCCAGAGCAUACUGGAGGCCGACUUCGAGAGCGCCCAACGCAUCUUCCGGAGCGCUCUGCAAACGGACGAAAUCGCACUCAGAUUAAUGAAAUACAAUCAAAACGCAGGCAAUAAUCAAACCGUAGCGUCCAGUUCCCCGCGGAGGCCGUGCCCGCCGCCGGUGUUGCCAAAGCCGGCCACUGUUAUGCGACAACACGAACAGCUCCGGCUGGUCGAGGGUAUGGUGGAGGGCGAGGAGCGGGCCGUACAGCCGUGCAAAGUGGCGACCGUUACGUCCACGAAGAAGUUGACGCCGACCAUAGCCGGCGCCCAUAAGCCGGCCGUGAGUUCGGCGCUAUGUGUGGCCAACACGAGGAAAAUUGGCAAAAAAUAUCACAUCCAGCUUAAGAAGGGCGCCGACGGUCUCGGGUUCAGUAUUACGACGCGAGACAACCCGACGGGCGGCAACGUUCCCAUCUAUAUCAAGAACAUUCUGUCCAACGGGGCGGCCGUAGAGGACGGGCGGCUCAAGACGGGCGACCGUCUGCUGGAGGUGUGUGGCAUCGAAAUGACCGGCAAAUCGCAGUCGGAAGCCGUGAAUAUCCUGCGAACGCUUCCGUUGGGGACGAGCGUCGAUCUGAUUGUGUCGCGCCAGGAGGUGGACGCCUCCCCCUCCCCGAUGAUGCCGCGGCGCCUGCCGCCCGAGAAGUCCGCCGACACGGCCGGCAAUGAGCGCGAAGUAUUGACUUUUGAGAUACCGCUCAACGAUACGGGCUCUGCGGGUCUCGGCGUCAGUAUGAAAGGCAAGACGACGACGGCUACCGGCGUUCACUCGGAUUUAGGCAUUUUUGUGAAGUCCGUCAUUCACGGGGGCGCCGCCUCUAAGGACGGGAGGCUUAAGACGAACGAUCAGUUGAUUAACAUUAACGGCAUUCCGCUGUUGGGUAUGUCUAACAGUCAGGCGAUGGAGACGCUGAGAAGGGCUAUGAUUCUGACGACGGCCGAGAAUACAGUGAUUUAUAGGCCCAAAAAUGACGGCCAGGUGUCGAGCAGUAGUAGUAAUAGUAAAGUGUCUCAAAGUGUGUCUUCGCCGACGGAGAAGUCGCCGCCAAAAACGCCAACAAAUAGUCAGCCAACGAAUCGGACGUUUUUAAAGCAGUUUUAUUUGAGUGAAAAUCACGACUCGAACCGAAUCUACGAUAAGACACCAAAUGUUAUGAACAGAAGUGAUGUAAUCAUCGAAAGGGAUGAUUGCGUAGAGAAUGGCGCCAUUCAUAGGACAGGUGUUGGUGUCGGCGGCAGCGGCGGUGGUGAGAGAAGCGAGUCGAUGACGGAAUCGACACCACGUGAUAGUCAGUUAUCGUUGGCCGAAGACGACGAGGGUUUCCGGCGCGACGGCUUCGGGCGUCAGUCGAUGUCCGAGAAAAGGCACGCACAGCUCGACGCCAAGAGCACCGAUACCUAUCGGCGCAGUAAGAAAGCCAAAGAGGAAAAGGAGCGCCAACUCAGGGAACAGCAGCAAGAGAUGGCCCACAAGAGAGACCAAUCCGUCAAUGGAUACCAAACACAACAACCCGUGAAUACUGAGCCAAAGCAUGUCGUUCCCCACGAAUUAGCUGAAAGGGAAAGGAAUGGUGUGUUUAAGGGCUGUCGGGAAGCACCUAAACCUCGCAAUCAGUUGUUCUCCCCGGCGUGUUGU